CCACUGUCCUAGAUGAUCUCCCAUCUACUCACUGAUCUGCUCAGCUUGAGCUUUCUAGGAUCAUAGCACAGGAGACAUUGUUGCAGGCUCUGAGUAGGAGUAACUGAGUGAACCACAAGAUAGGCAUCUCACAAAAACCUGAUAAGAAAUCUGUUACUAUUUCAGAGCAAGAGAGGAUGGGUUUUAUCACUGAGGCAUUUAUGGCAAUAUUUUUGCCAAGUAUUUUUCCUUUUGUUCCAAAACUACAGUGGUGUAUCUUCAUGGCCAGGAGUUAAAUAAACACUGCAACCUAGAAAGGAUACAUAUAAUUGCAUUAUUAUUUAUUUGUACUACCAUAGAAGGUAGGAGCACUAGUUAUUGUAGCCCCUAGGAUAUUUUGCUAGCUGUUAUAUCUUACUAAUCCAGCCAGCCGUAUCAAAUAAUGUUGCUCUUUAUGAAUUAAUCCAUUUCAUUCUUAUAUUUUAUCAGUAUUAAUUCCUAAAUUAGGAUAUGUUGAGACAUAUAAUGUGUGUUUCCUAAUAAUGAUACAUAGAGUAAGUUUUGCUGAAAUGCAAGAAGCCUACCAGUCUGUAUCCAAUAAGAUCUCUAAAUAGCUAAAAGUAUAAUCAGUUAAGAUUAAGUCAGCAUAAAAGCUGGCAACCUUUGCCACAGAUAGGAAUGAUCCCUGAACUUUGGGGAACCAAAGGGAGGAACUGCACACAACACUGAACAGAUUUAUCCAGUGUCUGCAACUGGUUGGUAACCGCAGGGUAUACCACAAACCUGGAAGUUGCCAAGAGAGCCUAGAUUGGCAGAUUUUGGAGUGAGAUAAUAUGUAGAGAGUAAAUGUCAUAAUCCACUAACCUAUAGAAUAAGAGUACCCAUACGUUUCUUAGGGUAUGGAAAUAAGAUUUGGGUACAGUAGGUUGGGCCUGAAUUGCAUAGGUCAGGAUCCUAUAAAAUACCUUGUAAGGAUAUCAUAAGGGGUUUUUAGCUCUCUCCUUUCUUUGUCCUCCUAUAUGCUAUAGACUAUCCUUUUAUCUACCUAUCAGUCUAUCUUCUAUCAUGCUUUCAGCUUAGCUUGUGUAGUGUAGUAGAACUACUCAACAUUCCCAACUACUGGGGAAGCCAGCACCAUUGUGUUAUCGGGCAUGCCAGGAGUGACGCUGGUCCUUCACCACCUAUUAUCGAGUCCUCAAGGAAGAGCUACAGCAAUGGACCAGCUUGUGGGAUUUGGCUUGGUAGUCUUUAGCCUCCUCCUUUUUGUUUACUACACCAUCUGGAUUAUUAUACUGCCCUUCAUUGACAGCGAUCACGAGAUUCAUAAGUUCUUCUUGCCCAGGGAGUAUUCGGUUACCAUUCCUGUGAUCGUAGGGCUCCUUCUGGUGCUGUUUGUAGGGGUUUUUAUAGUGAUUGUGAUGUGGAAGAACAGAAAACCUGCAAAGAAAUCAGACUGAAGACAGCAGGAUGGGAGAGGCAGGGAGAAGGUGCCUGGCCUGGAACGUCUCAACAGGGACAAGACUUUACCUGCAGAAACAGGAGGACACUCCGCUCUAAGAUUCUGUCACAUGCUUCAAUGGACGUUGGACUUGGCUGCACCCUGUUCCUGUGUUCCCUACCCUGAGACUUUUAUGCAGCUAUAGUUUACAAUUUACUGCCCAAAGGGAAGUGAAACUGUCUGACCCACAGGAUUCCUCUAGCAAGGGACCAGAACACCAGCCCUGCUGAACCUGUACCCAGGUUAAGGAUAAUCCUGGCAGACUGGUGGCUUUGGACUCUACAGUCCUUGUACUGUGUAUCCUGUACUAAGGUGAUGCUGUUCUGGCACCAGGCAGUGCUAGUGAGCAAAGGGCUCAGACUUGAAUGUCUUUCCUCCUCUCCGCUGCAGACAUCUCCUUUACUUGGUUUGUUUCUUUCAUUUUUUAACUGGUUACUUUAGGAUUUUUUUAUAGUCGAUCCAAUAUGUGAAAAACAGAAUCAUGGAUAAAAGAGUGCUCCUCUCUAAGGCACAGGGGGCAGGUUGGGGAGAGAUCCCCCUCCUCACUUACCUACUGGAGGAGUGGUGAACCAUCAGAAUCUUGUACGAAUAGUGUUACUGCCGACGGAUCACAUUCCAUCCCAGUCCACCUGCUCUUAUACAUACACAGGCUGUCUGUUCUGUCAUAGUCAGGGGAAAGGUGGCCUCUCCACCGUGCAUUGCAUGUUACAGGAUGCCACGAGCUUUAUAGCCUCCUUCACGGCCCACUGUGCAGAGGAGGUAAUGAAGAGGUGAGGUCCUCUGCUGUUGUGCAGAAGAUGCACCAUUGUUCUCCAUGCUGUUGUGCUAUCCACAGUGUGCGUGCAUUGAAUGGGGCUGGAGAAGAAAGUCCUGCUCUGCUGAACAGCAACUGAGGAAGAAGGGGAGAGCGGCUCCGAUACUGUCCUGAUAAAUGUGGUAUUAAUACUGGUCUAGUGAAGCCACUGGCUUUGCUUUAUACUUACGAACAACUUGCCAUGUUCCUGGUUAGCAUAGGAGGGAAGAACAUGCAAGCUGCCUGGAGCUGUGCUCUUUCUGCACCAGGCAGGGCUGAAGCAGCAAGGUGUUUUCACACCUUAGCAGGCUGACUGCUUCAAACCCUGCAGGUAGAGUCCUGGCAGCUGUGUUUGAAUGUGAGGAACUGGAGUCUCAAUAAAUAUUAUGCAGUA